AUGCAACAAGAUUCGGCUCUCCGUGUACCCGGUGCCGUCAAGACGGUCGCAGGGAAUGUGCCCCCAAAAUCAGCAAACCCGGUGCUUCCCGCGCACCAAAGUUCAGGGUCAAACAAUGUGACCACUAGCCGGUAUUCCGACGAGCUGCACCAAUCCUAUGAUCAUUUAAGUCUUGCCUCACGGCUCCGAGCACAUGGUCUCAGUUUGGAUGACCAUGGCACAAGCCCACCCCAGUCCCCCAAUGUUCCGUAUACGGAAUACGCCUUCGUCGAAUCGCAACAACUGCUCUCACUCCCUGCUGAAAAUGUAGCAUUUCUCACAUCCAAAGGCUGCUUGAGCUUACCAACAUUCAAUGCAAUCGACGAGUUUGUCCAAGAAUACUUCAGGCAUAUUCAUCCAUCCGUACCUGUCUUGGACGAGGCUAAGUUCUGGCGCAUUUACCGAGACAACCGAUCUACCGGUCCCAAGAUAUCUCUUUUUGUGUUCCAAUCAUUGCUUUUAGCAAGCUGCCCAUUUGUGUCUUUAAAAACGUUGCGUCAAUGUGGAUUUGAGGAUAUGAAGGAUGCACAGAAGCAGCUGUACAACAGAGCUAAUCUAUUAUUCCAACUGAGAACCGAAGAACGGCCCUAUGCAACCGCGCAAGCUGCUGUUCUUCUUACGCAUUAUACCUCGGCGGAAGACCCCGAAGCUGGAAGCCUGUGGAUCACAAGGGCCAUCGAGCAUGCCAUGCUCAUAGAUAGUCAUCCGUCCUUGGUGGUGGAAUAUGCGCCAAUAUCGCUCAAGAAACGACUUUGGUGGUCGAUCUUUCUUCGUGACCGAAGCCUGUGUCUUGGCCUAUGCCGCCGUCCUCAGGUGACCUCAAUCGGCUUCCACGGAUGGAGUGACUGGCUGAAUACAGAGGAUUUCAGUGAAGAGUUGCAUCAGUCUCGAGUCUACGACUAUGCUACUAAGAAGCGUUUACUAGACGAACUUCAGAAGCAAUGUGAGCUAGCAGUGCUACUCACAGAUCUGGACAUCUUAGAGGAAACAUGGCCAACAUCUUGA